AUGAGCGCUCCCGACUUUGAUCGAUUCGCGUACGAUUCGCAAGACUUUGAGGACUACCACGCGCUCGCGCGCGGCUGUGACGGUUGGGAUCGCGCAGCGCGCGCGCUCGACGCGUUCGAGUACGACGACGACGACGGAGCGCUUCCAGGGUUUGACAACCUCUUUGCCACGCAGUGCAACGCGCGCGGGGAAGCGCUGCGACGAAUCGAAGCCAUGGCGCGUGCGUUCGUAGAGGAUGUGCUGUUCGGUGCGUCGGACGCGCGCGCGGCCGAUUCGAUCGAGAAUGCGCCUGCGACCAAAAGCGGGUCCGUCGGCGUCUCGGUCGGCGCGGCGUAUGAGGGUGACGGCACGACGUUCGAGCGAUUUUGGGACGUCGCAGACGUCCUCGCGCGAGGGUUGCGGCGAUCUAACUGCGAAUCGUCAAUGACGUUACGAGAGUUGUACUAUGUCAUGAACGCUCGAUCGGCGCCAAAGCGAACGAGCGAGAAACAGUUACAGGCGACGAUUCGAAAACUGUCCCUCGCCCUGAGCGCGCCGCGAUGCGCGCUAGGAAUCAUCGCAACGUCAAAGGGGAUGGUGUGUGGACGGUGUCACAUCGAGACGGCGAGCGGACAGCGAUUUGACUGCACCGCCGAAGGGUGGCCCAUCUCUGGCGACUUGUUCGAGCUCGACGCGUGUUCCAUCCACAGCGACGCCGCGUACGUCAUCGUCGUCGAAAAAGACGCCGUUUUCAACAAGUUGUGCGCUGAACGAAUAUAUGAGUACCUUCCGUGCGUGCUCAUCACGGCAAAGGGCUAUCCCGACGUCGCAACAAGAAAGUUUCUGUGGCUUCUUGAGACUGUGCUCGAGGGAUCCGGCGCCAAAUUUUUUGGACUGGUGGAUUGGAAUCCACACGGUGCCUGGAUUCUCGCCACGUACUCCUCCGGUAGCAAAAGAAGCUCCAUCGACGCCGCGGAGUUCGUCGUUCCGCUCACGUGGAUAGGCUUGCGUUCGGAAGAUUUACGUGAUGUCGCGGCGGACGCGAUGCAAGAUUUGACGACGCGAGACGCUGCGCUGAUUCGAAACGCGCUCGAGGGCGACGACGCGCACCCGCUUUGCUCGUUCCGCGAAGAGUUACGAAUAAUGCACGAUGUCGGGAAAAAGGCUGACAUCGAAGCGCUCUACGCGGGACGUUCGGAUGAUUUCUUUCUCACUGACUACGUUUCGAAGAAAAUCGCUGCGCGAGAAGUGUGA